AGCUCCGGACCGUCAAAGCCCCGCCCAUUCCAAGACCUCGCGCAUUAGAAUCGCAUUCUAUCCGUUUAUUUGAUUUCUGUGGUUUGAGACACAGCUGGACUGACAGCUCUGUACAGUAACAACCAAAGUCACGCGAGCUGAAUCGUUUCUUCUCUUGGGUGGCUGUUAUUGAAAGGCUUUAACUGUGGAGCUCUGCGCCUCUUUCCGGCCUUCAUGUCAAGCCUUUGGGAGAGUGUGUAUUCCGCAGUUCCCACUGUCCGCCCAUAGCUUGUCCAUGUCGCUCCGGCGCUUCUCGGGGGUCAUGGAGAGCUCCGGGUCCGCCGAGCCCAGGGAGCUGUUCGAGGCCUGCAGGAGCGGAGACCUGGAGCGGGUGAAGAAGCUCGUGUGCCCGGAGAAUGUAAACAGCAGGGACACAGCAGGGAGGAAAUCCACCCCGCUGCACUUCGCUGCGGGUUUUGGCCGUAGAGAUGUGGUGGACUACCUCCUUCAGCACGGAGCAAACGUGCACGCCCGUGAUGACGGUGGCCUCAUCUCGCUCCACAACGCCUGCUCGUUUGGUCACGCUGAAGUCGUCAACCUGCUCCUGCAGCAUGGGGCCGAUGCCAACUCCAGAGACAACUGGAAUUACACCCCGCUGCACGAGGCUGCCACCAAGGGCAAGAUCGACGUCUGCAUUGUUUUGCUGCAACAUGGUGCUGAGCCAACGAUCCGAAACACUGAUGGAAGGACAGCGCUUGACCUGGCUGAACCCUCCACCAAAGCUGUGCUGACCGGUGACUAUAGAAAGGAUGAACUCCUCGAGAGCGCAAGAAGUGGAAAUGAAGAAAAACUGAUGAGCCUCCUCACACCAUUAAAUGUGAACUGUCACGCUAGUGAUGGAAGGAAGUCCACGCCUCUGCAUCUGGCCGCGGGUUAUAAUCGUGUGCACACAGUGCAGCUGUUGUUGCAGCAUGGAGCAGACGUGCACGCUAAAGACAAAGGUGAUCUUGUGCCUCUUCAUAACGCCUGUUCUUAUGGUCACUAUGAGGUAGCAGAGUUGCUUGUAAAGCAUGGUGCCUGUGUCAACGCUAUGGACCUGUGGCAGUUCACACCUUUACACGAGGCAGCCUCAAAAAACAGACUAGAGGUCUGUUCACUCCUGCUCAGCUACGGUGCCGACCCAAACUUCCUCAACUGCCACAACAAGAGCGCCAUCGAUCUGGCCCCGACCGCCCUGCUGAAAGAGCGCCUGGCAUAUGAGUUCAGAGGUCACGCUUUGCUGCAGGCAGCACGUGAGGCAGACAUGGCCCGCUUUAAAAAACACCUCUCUCUUGAGACCAUCAACUUCAAACACCCUCUAACCCAAGAAACAGCGCUACAUUGUGUCUCCACGUCGGCGUAUCCCAAGAGGAAACAGAUCUGUGAACUGCUGCUCCGGAAAGGAGCCAACGUCAAUGAAAAGAAUAAAGACUUCCUCACACCUCUGCAUCUUGCCGCUGAGAAGUCCCACAAUGACAUCAUCGAGGUGUUGGUGAAACACGAGGCGAAGGUGAAUGUGGUAGAUAACUUGGGCCAGACAGCGCUGCACCGCGCGGCUCACUGCGGCCAUCUGCAGACGUGUCGUGUGCUCCUGAGUGUUGGAUGUGACCCACUCAUCACCUCCCUACAGGGCUUCUCACCCUCCCAGCUCGCCAAUGAAAGCAUUCAGGAGAUACUGCAAGAAGGAGCAUUUACAGGCAACUCAGAUACAGACAGGCAGCUGUUAGAAGCCUCCAAAUCGGGAGAUCUGGAAGUCGUAAAGAAGCUCUGUACUCUUCAGAACGUGAACUGUAGAGACGUUGAGGGAAGGCAGUCCACACCUCUGCACUUUGCUGCGGGAUACAACCGUGUGGCUGUGGUGGAGUAUCUGCUGCAGCACGGAGCCGAUGUACACGCUAAAGACAAGGGUGGUCUGGUUCCCUUGCACAACGCCUGUUCCUAUGGGCAUUAUGAGGUGGCUGAGCUCCUUGUCCUUCAUGGUGCUGUGGUUAACGUGGGCGACCUGUGGAAGUUCACCCCACUGCAUGAGGCAGCCAUCAAGGGCAAAUAUGAGAUCUGCAAACUGCUGCUUCGGCAUGGUGCCGACCCAACCAAGAAGAACCGUGAUGGAAACACCCCUCUGGAUUUGGUGAAGGACGGAGACACAGACAUUCAGGAUCUGCUCAGGGGUGACGCAGCACUGCUGGACGCCGCCAAGAAAGGCUGCUUAGCUCGGGUUAAAAAGCUCUGCACUCCAGAUAACGUGAACUGUCGAGACACGCAGGGACGGCAUUCCACCCCGCUGCACCUGGCAGCUGGCUAUAAUAAUCUGGAGGUGGCUGAAUAUCUGCUGCAACACGGGGCAGAGGUGAACUCGCAGGAUAAAGGUGGACUCAUUCCUCUACACAACGCUGCGUCUUACGGGCAUGUGGAUGUGGCCGCUUUGCUCAUCAAGUACAACGCAUGCGUCAAUGCCACAGAUAAGUGGGCGUUCACUCCUUUGCACGAGGCGGCACAGAAAGGCAGGACCCAGUUGUGCGCGUUGCUUCUAGAGCACGGGGCCGACCCCACGCUCCGCAACCAGGAAGGCCAGUCGCCGCUGGACCUCGUGACGGCGGACGAUGUCCGAGCUCUCCUCACGGCAGCCAUGCCCCCCUCAGCGCUGCCGGCGUGCUAUAAACCCCAGGUUAUCAGCGUCUCGGCCUCUGGGGCGGUGGUGCCAUCAACUCUCAACUCGAGCCCCACACCGCUCUCUUCAGACUCCAGUAUGGAGGGCCAGUCUGGGACCUUCCCUGAGCUGAGCACUCUUCUACCACCUUCUGGAGCUGAAGCGAUCAUAGACAUAGAGAAGAAAGAGCAGGGUCUAGCUAUAGGGUUGAGUAUCGGCCAGUUUCUUCACAACCUGGGAUUGGAGCAUUUGCUGGAGAUCUUUGACAGAGAACAGAUGUUUAGCGGGCUGACUGAAAUCUUGAGAUGUACUAGAAGAACACGCUGUAAAAUAACUCUGGACGUCCUGGUGGAAAUGGGCCAUAAAGAGCUGAAGGAGAUCGGCAUCAACGCUUACGGUCACAGACACAAGAUCAUCAAAGGAGUGGAGAGACUUAUUAGUGGACCUCAGAGUUUAAACCCUUACUUGACCCUGAACACGACCAACAGUGGAACAAUACUGAUAGACCUGUCUCCAGACGACAAGGAGUUUCAGUCGGUUGAGGAGGAGAUGCAAAGUACGAUAAGGGAACACAGGGAUGGCGGUCAUGCGGGUGGGGUUUUCAACAGAUACAGCAUUGUGAAGAUCCAGAAGGUGUGCAACAAGAAGCUGUGGGAGAGAUACACCCAUCGCAGAAAGGAGGUUUCUGAGGAGAACCACAACCAUGCCAAUGAACGCAUGCUCUUCCACGGGUCACCGUUCGUGAACGCCAUCAUUCACAAGGGCUUCGAUGAAAGGCAUGCGUACAUAGGGGGAAUGUUCGGGGCCGGGAUCUACUUUGCGGAAAACUCUUCUAAAAGCAACCAGUACGUUUAUGGAAUAGGCGGAGGAACCGGGUGCCCUCUCCACAAGGACAGGUCGUGCUACAUGUGUCAGAGACAUCUUCUGUUCUGCCGUGUGACUUUGGGGAAGUCUUUCCUGCAGUUCAGCGCGAUGAAGAUGGCCCACUCGCCUCCAGGACACCACUCGGUCACUGGCCGGCCCAGUGUCAACGGUCUCGCUCUGGCUGAGUACGUCAUCUACAGAGGAGAGCAGGCUUAUCCUGAAUAUCUGAUCACAUACCAGAUCAUCAAACCGGACAGUUCUACAGACUAACACCCAGGAGCAGAAACACAUCUUUCCAUCUCAAAGGAGAGAAACUGCUUGAUAUUGCAUGCAUUUAUUUAUACAAUGUAUAAUUCUUUUCUCUUCCUACAGCUGUCUGCUUUUAUAUCAUCUACAGCAGCUUAUUAAUCAAAUUUUAGACACAAGCCUCACCGGUUCAGUCACUUACACUGGUUACAAAACUUCCAUUUCCUUUCCUUUUCUGUCACAAAGUUUAACUUAUUUAUUUUACAAAGACAAUUGUAUAUAUUUUGUACUAAUUUAUUGAUUGAUGUUUGUAUCAUAAGAGUUUUAUGCCUGAGUUGUAAAUGUUGGCCAGUUUUCAGUGGGAAUACAGGGUCUUUUGAAGUUUUUUUUUCAGCUGAAAAGCAUCCAGUAUUCAGGAUAAAGAUUAUUUGGCAGAACAGCACGAGACUUAAUCCAAGUAUCAAAUUAUCUUACAGUGUCCUCUUGUCUGUGUUGUUGCGCUCUCAAAAAGUAUGAAUUGAACUCUGCUGUGACGAUGUAAAACUGGUGUGUGUUACACAGCUGAACGAGAAGACAAACUUAAUAUUCCUUUCGUUCUCACUCUGCAGUAUAUUGGGUGCUGAAGUAGUUUCUGGGUUUUGAUAAGAAAAUGCUGGGGUGUUUUUUUGUUUGUUUUUGUCCGUCAGAAUAGCCCAGGAGUACUUGUACCCUGUUGUGCAUGUCAUGUCAAGUUUUCCUCUUGCAGUGUCAUGUUUAAGAUGUUUACUUUGUCCUACAACAACAGCGUCGCUAACAUAAUGAACAAUUAAAGAGAAACUUUUUUAUAAA